CCCUCCCUCCCUCCCUCCCUAUUUCCUUUCCUUUCCCUUCCCCUGCCCCUUUCACUUGCUUCUGGUCCUCGCCGCGAUGUGAUAGGACGACGCUUCAUUUUCCACUUUUGUAUCGAAAGAACAGUAGACAUUUGGAGUGGAGGCUGUGGAGAGGGCGGGCAGAGGAAGGUGGACGAUCAUUGAGGGAGGAGUAUUAGGAUAAAAUCGCGGUUGUGCUUGGCUACAGCCGCGUCGGGUUGGGAGCUAUGGCGAUGAAUAUGGGGGCAGGACAUGCCCUUGACGCACAGGUCGCCUUGGUGCUGGCAGGCGAUGGCGUGGCUCCACUUGAAGCUCUUGUUGGCCAGCUGAUGAGUCCCGGAAACGAGCAGCGCGGUCAGGCUGAGGAGCUGUUCAAUUACUGCAAGCAGCAUCAUGCGGAUGCACUUGUUAUGAAGAUGAUCCAUGCUCUACAGGUUUCCCAGCAACUGGAAGUCCGUGCGAUGGUUGCCAUUCUAUUGAGAAAACUUAUUACUAAAGAUGAUGUGUCACUAUGGCCUCAACUUGCAUCUACUACGCAAGCAGCGGUCAAAGGCCAGCUCCUCUUAUGUCUUCAAAAAGAAGAAGAGAAGAGUAUAUCUAAGAAGCUCUGCGACACUGUUGCGGAACUUGCAGCUGGAAUUCUCGAGGAAGGAAUGUGGCCCGAGCUUCUUCCCUUUAUGUUUCAAUGCGUCAGCUCUGAUUCCAUGCGGUUGAGAGAGAGCGCUCUUCUGAUGUUUGCCCAGCUUGCACAAUACAUUGGGCCCCAGCUCAGGACCUACUUACCGACCCUUAACACCGUUUUUCAACAAAAUUUAUCUGCACAAACUUCGGGAGAUGUCCGAAUCGCAGCUCUUCGGGCCACUACCAACUUCGUUCAAACGCUAGAAACUGCUCAAGAAAGGGAACGUUUUCAAGAUCUCCUUCCAGGAAUGUUGCAGACACUGUCACUCGCUCUGAAUAAUCGCGAGGAGGCAACUGCACAAGAAGCACUGGAAAUGUUUAUCGAAGUGGCUGGAACUGAGCCGCGCUUUUUGCGUCGUCAAUUAGCGGAAGUUGUUGGCAACAUGCUACAAAUUGCGGAAGCAGAAGAGUUGGAGGAAGGAACUCGGCACUUGGCAGUGGAGUUUUUGAUCACUCUUGCUGAGGCCAGAGAGCGGGCUCCCGGAAUGAUGCGCAAGCUUCCUCAGUAUACCACCAGACUUUUUGCUGCUCUGAUGAAAAUGCUCCUAGACAUCGAAGACGAUCCCCAAUGGUAUUUGGCUGAUACUGAAGAGGAAGAUAUCGGAGAGACGGCUGAUUAUGAAGUUGGUCAGGAAUGUCUAGACCGGCUGGCCAUUUCUCUUGGAGGAAAUACAGUGCUUCCCGUGGCCUCUCAAUUGCUUCCUUCCUUCAUCAAUGAUGGUGACUGGAAGAAGAGGCAUGCAGCUCUUAUCACUCUUGCGCAAAUUGCUGAAGGGUGUGCCAAGGUUAUGAUCAAUAACCUUGACUCAGUCGUGGGCAUGAUUUUGAAUUCAUUUCGGGAUUCACAUUCUCGUGUGCGCUGGGCCGCCAUAAAUGCUAUUGGUCAGUUGUCGACUGAUCUAGGACCUGACUUGCAACAAAAUUACCACCAGCAAGUUCUUCCUGCCCUAGUUAAUGCAAUGGAUGAUUUCCAAAACCCGCGUGUACAGGCACAUGCUGCCGCUGCUGUGCUUAACUUCAGUGAGAGCUGCACGCCUGAGAUCUUGACCCCAUAUUUAGAUGGAGUCAUCUCUAAGCUUUUGAUUCUUCUCCAGAAUGGAAAGAGAAUGGUUCAAGAAGGUGCUUUGACUGCUCUUGCUUCGGUUGCGGACUCCGCUCAGGCCCACUUCCAGAAGUACUACGAUACCGUGAUGCCAUAUCUUAAGACUAUUUUAAUUGGGGCCAACGAUAAGCAAAACCGCAUGUUGCGAGCCAAGUCCAUGGAGUGCAUCAGCUUGGUAGGUAUGGCUGUUGGGAAGGACAAAUUUCGAGAGGACGCAAAGCAGGUUAUGGAGGUUCUUAUGACGCUGCAAGGUGCUCAAAUGGAGGACGACGAUCCUACUAUUAGUUAUAUGUUGCAGGCAUGGGCCAGGUUAUGCAAGUGUUUAGGUCAAGAGUUUCUGCCUUACAUGAGCGUGGUCAUGCCACCAUUACUACGAUCCGCUCAGUUGAAACCCGACGUCACCAUCACUGAUGCUGACUCUGAUGAUGAGGGCAACGAGUCUGAUGAUGAUAGUGUUGAGACUAUCACCAUUGGCGAUAAGAAAAUUGGUAUCCGCACCAGCGUUUUGGAAGAAAAAGCUACUGCUUGCAACAUGUUGUGUUGUUAUGCGGAUGAACUCAAGGAGGGUUUCUAUCCUUGGGUUGAUCAGGUUGCCCCUACUUUGGUUCCCCUGUUGAAAUUCUACUUUCACGAGGAGGUUCGGAAGGCUUCGGUGUCAGCCAUGCCUGAGCUCCUGCGUUCUGGUAAACUUGCUGUGGAGAAGGGACAAGCACCUGGUCGUGAUGAGUCUUAUGUGAAACAGCUUGCAGACUACAUUAUACCACCUCUUGUAGAGGCAAUGCACAAGGAACCAGAAACGGAAAUCUGUUCCAGUAUGUUGGAUGCCCUAAACGAGUGUAUUCAGGUCGCAGGACCACUGCUUGAUGCACAUCAAAUCAAGUCAAUGGUAGAACAGUUUAAGCAGGUCAUUGCAGCAAGCGUUACUCGCAAAAGAGAGAGAGCUGAGCGAACCCAAACUGAGGACUUUGACGCGGAGGAAGGGGAACUCCUUGAAGAAGAAAACGAACAAGAAGAGGAAGUCUUCGAGCAGGUGGGAGAGUGUCUUGGAUCUUUAAUAAAGAUCUUCAAAACGUCGUUCUUGAUGUACUUUGAGGAGCUGAUUCCUUACAUUACACCCAUGCUGGGAAAAGAACGAACACCUGAUGAAAGAAGAGUUGCCAUCUGUGUUUUCGAUGAUGUUGCCGAGCAAUGUGGCGACGCUGCUAUUAAGUAUUACAGCACUUUUCUUCCAGUCUUGUUGGAAGGUUGCAACGACGGCAGUGCUGAUGUUCGGCAGGCAUCAGUAUAUGGAAUUGGAGUCUGUGCUGAGUUUGGUGGUGCUGCGUUCAAGCCCUUAGUAGGAGAUGCUCUUGCAAGGCUCAAUGCGACCAUCAGUCAACCUACGUCACGUUCUGCGGAGAACAUUAUGGCAACUGAUAAUGCCGUGUCUGCUCUCGGAAAAAUUUGUGAGCAUCAAAGGGAUAAUAUUGAUGGUGCCACCGUUGUUCCGGCAUGGCUGGGAUGUUUGCCAUUAAAAGGAGACCUUGUGGAGGCUAAAAUUGUUCAUGAGCAGCUUUGCAAAAUGGUCGAGAGGUCCGAUCCAUUUCUUCUGGGCCCAAAUAAUCAAUAUCUCUCUAAAAUCAUCUCUGUUUUUGCUGAGGUCUUGAGUGCUGGAACCGAGCUUGCUGCCGAGCAAACGGCUGCGCGCAUGGUUCGAUUGUUGAAGCAACUGCAGCAGACUCUGCAUCCUGAUGCUCUUGCAGCGACCUGGUCUGUCCUAGACCCUCAACAGCAGGCCACACUCCAGUCCAUUUUGGCUGCCCCAUGAUCGUCAGAACGUUAAGUUGGUUCAGGUUCUCUUCCAAGAGGAAUCCACGAUUGCCUAUUCAUAGUAGUAUGGGUUGCCCUAAAAUUUUGUCGCCAUACAUGUCAUUCCUUGUUUCGAAAUUGUGAGUAACAAAAACAAUGGUUUGUCAUUGGAAUUGUCGUAGAGCCGCUGUAGAUUGUGUACGUGAAUUUAAUGGGAACAUCCAUGAGAGGAUGCGUUUAGGUGGACAGGAACUAGUUUGAGUGGUAGAUUUUCCGCGCAGAACCACCUUGAUUGUGAGCUGUUAUGUAGGAAAUUAUGUAUCAGUUUCUCACGUCAAAUGUGCAUUAAAAAUAUUCAGUCUCAGAUGCGCAUGCCAUCUUGGGUAUCAGCAUUA